AAAACCAUCACUUUGUCUACCAACUGUCUAUCAAACGACUAUAACUGUUACUUCUUUAUAAACACCAGCACAGCAUAUUUUGGUUACGUUGCUUUGACAAGAUUCAUUCUACUUUCCACAUUUGUUUAAUUGGUGAACUACAGUCACGUUAUUGUUUGCAAUGUCAGCGGGUGUUACAGUAGCGAAUGAAUGCGUAGAAGAAUUUGAACGGCUGAAAAUGAAAAAGGCAUAUCAUUACAUUACAUUCAAGCUAGACAAUGAGAUGACACACAUUGUGGUGGACAAGACACUCAAAAGCAACAUUUGUGAUUCAGACGUUGCUAACAAACGAUUCCUCCAGGAAUUAGUAGAAGUGGGUGAUUGUCGAUACGCGGUUUUUAAUGCUCAGUGGCAAGACCAGCUCACAAUCAAGAAUAAAAUAGUAUUCUUUGCUUGGUCACCAGAAGACAGCCCUGCACGUCACAAGAUGGUAUACACUGCAAGCAAAGACCAUUUAAAGAAGGCGCUAUCAAUCGUUUUAGAAUUACAGGGAACAACCAUUAAUGAAUUCGAUUUUAAAGAAGUAAUGGCCAGGAUCAUGCAAGGCAAAUAAAUUGGAAAUUACAAUUUUAUAAUUAACACUUAUUACAGAUUUGACUUAUCUUUCGCAGACCCUUUUUUAUACUUUGGGCAUAGGAAAUAACAACUUUUGUCUUUAGAGAAGUUUAAAGGUAGAUAAGUUAUAAUUUGAGAUAAGUAAAUAAAGAUACAGAAAAAAAUUUAAAAUCAGGAUCAAUAUUCCUACUCUAAUUCCAUACUGUUUCUUUACAAUUUUGAAAUUAUAUGUGUUUUGAAAGGACGGUUUAUAAUUCCAUUUAUCCCUUGUAGAUACACAAUGUAUAUUGUUGUAAAAUUCUUCUAAAAUCUCUUCAUACGAAUUUUACCAUACGUUUUUUUUGUAAAUCUUUGGCAGAAUCAGUAAAAUCUUUUAUCACGUUGAGACAAGUUAUUUAAAUUACACACACACAACUUGAAUAAUGAAUACUACAGAUACGCAUUAUACCUAUACAUUUUCAUAAGGGACCAACUGGCUGCCUUAGAGGGGCCCACUCCAGUUCUGCUCUCUGUGUAAGCCUAGGUAAUCAACCAAUGUUGUCCAAAAAAAGGGGGGACUGGCCGCUGAAAAACCCUCUUAAUCAGCCUCUGUACUUGAUCUAUGACGUUCAUCUACUCCCCUUCUGAUAAAUAAAGAAUAGAAAUUGCGGUUGUUCCAGUACCACCACAUUUUGUUAAAGAAAUAACUGUGUGAACACAAGGGUAAGCAAUCAAAGCACUGGUUACCUUACCGGUAACGUUACGGAGAUACAUGCGAAAAAAACUAGAAGCAGUUUAUUAAGUUUUCAUAUCAUCCUGAUAAGCAAUUUUACGGAUUAUUUGACAUGUACGUAAAUGUGUAUAUGUAUUCUCUGUUAUGAAGAUUUUUUUAGAAAGUAAAAUGCUCUUUUGGGAUUCGAGCGUCACUGACGAGUCUUUUGUAGACGAAACGCACGUCUUACGUUAAUAUGAAAUUUUAAUCCUGCUAUCUAUGAUGAGUUCAUUUACAAAUGCAAAACAAUGACAUGAA